AUGAGUGAAGAGGAUAACAGUUGGAAAUUUGAAACCUACUCAUGUGCAAGGUGCCGUAAACUCAAGAAGAGAUGCCCCAAAGAAUCACCAAUUUGUAACAAUUGUCAAAGGGCGGGAGAGUCGUGUGUUUACCCAGGCAGAGCACCGAGAAGAACCAAAAGAGAAUUGGAAGAAGCCAAGUUAAGAGGUGAAUUUAUACCGAAUAAGAGAUCUAGAGGGAAAGAUAUGGGGAUUGUGACGGCUCCCAAUUCUAAUGGCGCUGAAUUAGGAUUUACAUCUUCCUCAACAACUACACCAACUGUGACUAGUGCGAGAAUAGAUAAUGGUUUUCUAUCGUCUCCAUUCCCACCAACUACAAUCCCUCCACCACCACCACCACCAGAAAGUACUCCUUCACCUGUCACAAACAUAUCAAGAAGACCACCACACGCACCGGUGAUUCAGGGCAAAUUGGAACACGAAUUACAUAAGCCUGACUCAACACCUAUUAGAGCAUCGUCAAUACAAAUUGAAUCUAUUUCUGGAAUCUUUAAAGGUGGUAGAACUACACCAUGGACUACUGCCGAAGGGGCUUAUAAGCCUAUUGAAAGAUCUCUUUAUGAUAGAUUCAUUGCAGCGUAUUUUACUCAUAAUCAUAAAUCAUUUUACAUGAUGGAUAAGGUUGCAUUUUUGAACAAAGUAUCCACUAUUAGAGAUUUCACCGCAAUGGAUGAAGAGUAUGAAGACUCUUUCAUUUUUCAAUUGUACAUGGCAAUGGCUAUUGGGUGUACUACUCUACAAAGGGCACAAAUGCUAACGAAGGAUGAAGAAGGUUUAAGUGAUCAUUUUGCAUUUUUAGCCAUGAAGAAAUUUUGUAAUGUUGUUCACAGCCAAAACAUUGAAACUAUUAAAUGUUUCCUUUUAUUAGGGAUCUUUGCCCUGUUCGAACCCAAGGGUGUUUCUUCAUGGACUAUUAGUGGGUUAACCAUGAGGUUGGUCAUCGGAUUGGGCUUACAUAGAGCCUUAUCACCACGUAGAGCUCAAAAUACUGAUCCUAAGGAGGUAGAAAUGAGAUCUCGAGUAUUUUGGAGUGCCUACUGUUUUGAAAGAUUGGUUGCCACUUCUUUGGGUAGAAUGUCAGCGAUUGAAGAUGAAGAAAUUACUACCCCAAUACCGAGACCACUUUACCCAGAGGAAUUUGAUGACUUAGACGUUACCAAUAUGAUGAUUUCAUUAAGACGUAUGAGCGGUAGAAUUUAUAAAAAAGUUCAUUCAGCUAGCGCCGGUCGCAAACAAUACACUAUGGAGCGAAGACAUGCUAUUAUUUCAGGUUUACGAAACGAGAUUGAUGAAAUCUAUCAAGAGGAUAAAGUUAAAAUUGUGCAAAAGAAUGAUCAACUCCAACUUAGUGGUCAAGACAGCAUUUCCUUCCAUACAUCUGAUACUUGGCUUGAUAUGCGACAUGCUCAGUUACAAAUAAUGCUUUACAGACCAUCUGCGCUAAUGCCAAAACCACCUUCUGAUAACUUAGUACGCCUUGGUGAAUGUUGUUUAGAAGCUCUAAAGCAUACUUAUAGCCUUUACAAGAAGAAAUUAUUACCCUUAAACUGGAUCACGCUUUUCAGAACUUUAACCAUUUGCAACUCAAUCCUUUACUGCCUAUGUCAUUGGAAUAUCGAUUUGGUCGAAAGCAAAAUUGAAAUUCAACAAUGUGUCGAUAUCUUGCAACAUUUUGGCGAGAAAUGGGUCUUUGCCCUAAGAUGUGCAGAUGUGUUUCAGGUUAUAAGUAAUACAAUUCUGGAGAUAUCCUUAAGCAAUGGACAAGUUCCCAACAUGGAGAAGUUGACAAGAGAACUGUUUGGUGCUAGUGAUCAAUAUCAAGAAGUCCUUGAAGAAAACGAAGUUGGCCUCCUGUGGAACGACAACCUGUCAUAG